CCUAAACUGGCUCCUCCCAGGCAUCCUAAACCCUCCCUUGGCCUCAAAUGCGCUUCAUUUAUGUCCGACUUGAUCAUAGCCAUACACAACUUGAACUGCCUGCACUGAGAGAGAAAAGUUGAUCACAAUGAAGAACAAUGUGAAGUUAUUGCUGUCUGUGACAGUGCUGCUCUCCUUAGCCACCGCACAAACAGGUGCUAUGAAGAGACAGGAUAGCCUUCAAGAGCUGGAGCAGGUCAGAGAAAAGAGACAGCUUUCAAAUCAGACACUGAGAGUCACCACCAUUCUGCAAAGUCCAUUUAUUAUGGCCAAGCCUUCGGGAGGUUUCGAAGGAUUCUGUAUCGACUUGCUUCAAAUUUUCGCAGAAAGGUUAAAAUUACGCUAUGAGAUCAAACUUGUGAAGGACGGUUUCUAUGGAAGAAGACUGGAAAAUGGCAAAUGGACUGGAAUGUUGGGGGAAUUGAUGGCAGAAGAGGCAGACGUGGCCAUCGCUCCAUUGACCAUCACCAUGGAACGUGAGAGGGCAUUCAGCUUCACCCGUCCAUUCAUGUCUGUAGGAAUUAGCAUCUUGAUACGUAAAGACUCCAACAACCAGGGUGCCAGUCUUUUCCAGUUCCUGAGCCCAUUCUCGGCUAACACCUGGCUCAGCCUUCUCAUCGCCUACAUCUUGACCUGUUUCUGCCUGUAUCUCGCAGCGAGACUGAGUCCCAAUGAGUGGAGGGAGCCUGAAGUUGAAAAUACCCAUUUCUCACUGUUUGACAGUUUCUGGUUUGGAGUCGGAGCUCUCACUCUACAAGGUGCGGGGCCGCAUCCCAGAGCUCUGUCCACACGUAUCAUUGGGGUAACCUGGUGGCUGUUCGGCAUCGUUUUCCUGGUAGCAUACAUUACAUAUUUUGCAGCCUCAUUGAAUUCAGAGGCUCAGGGACCACUGAUCAAAUCCUUUGCUGAUCUUGCAGAACAAAAUGAAAUUGACUAUGGCACAGUAUAUGGUGGAUCAACGUUCUCAUUCUUCAAGCUCUCAAAGAUUCCAAUCUACCACAAAAUCUAUAAAAAAAUGAACAGUAAAAGUGAUUCUGUUUUAGUUCAUACAAUGGAAGAAGGGAUACAACGAGUGCUCAACUCCAACUACGCCCUGAUUGGUGAAUCCUCAACAAUAGACCUGGCUGUUGCAGAGCACUGCAACUUGAUGAGGGUCUCCAACUUUGCAGCUAUUAGGGGAUAUGGAAUUGCUACUCGUCUUGGUGACCCACUUAGAGACUAUUUGACUCAUACCCUUUUGGAACUUGAGGAAUCUGGACAACUCCAGCAGCUGCAAGCGAAAUGGUGGAAAUCUUCAUGUAGCGUUGAGCACUCAGCAGAAUGGAGUCCACUGAAAGUAAACCAGAUUGGGGGUACCUUCCUCUUUCUAGCAAUUGGAUUGUCAUUGGCCUUAGUUGUCGCUUGCAUCGAAUUGGCUGUCAAAUCAAGAAAAAAGGCUGAUCAAGAUAAAUCCUGUUGCAGAAUCUUCACUGAAGAACUUAAUCUUCGGUUUAAAGGGAGAAGUGAGGCCAAUAAAAAGACCAAGGCCUGAAGACCACUCAGUGAAGGAUGUCUGUUCACUGUGAUGAUCCAAUCUAACCCACUUCAAUUCUUCUUCUAAUGCAAGUUAUAAAUUGAAAUCAGACAAAUGCUAACCUAGAAAAUUACAGCAUAUAACUAAAUGCACAACCUUGAAAGAGACUAUUGAUUGUUUUAUGUAACUGGAAAUUGGUAAUUAAAGCGUUGAAAUGCACAGUAAAUAACACAGGUUUUGGAAAUGAUGUUAAACAAUGCAGAAAUAAACUGCAAGGGUACAUAGAGGUAGGAAAUGUUUUCAAACUAAUUAAUUCAAAACAGGCUGGAUUGAGCCACACUCCACAAGAUCUGACGUCGGAUUGUCCCAAUGGACCAGCUGACUCCAUGAAUUUAUAACCCCUACCUGUGUCAGCUUAAGCCACCUUAGCCUGACUGUACAAUCUGAGGGGCAAUUUUAAUCCAGUACUUGGGUAAGUCUAUAGUAUAAAACUUACACCAAUUUUGCACAAACAGGCCACAGAAAUCUGACUGGCCAAAGAUCAUUGCUCUCAAAUAUUGCAAGUACCAGUGCAAUAAGGGGAAACCUGAGGUUUAGGUCUGAAGCACAUUGUUUUAUUCGACUGCACAAUCUUUAAACUUUAUACAUUGUGUCUGAUCUUUAUACAUUGUAUCUAAAAUAGGGCAAUAUUUUAUUCUCCAGCAUCCCUCAAUUCAAAGGAAAAUUUUUGAUUUAUUUUUGGAACUUGCAUGGUUUUAUUAGUCACGCUGUUUUUUUUAUGACUUAUGCAGUAUUCUGUAAAAGUACGAUAUCAUAUCAGUAAUGAUUUAGACUAUCACCUCAAUAAAAUCUUGAAUACACACACACUUAUAUUAAGCACAA